GUUGUCUCUAAGUGUGAGCGACAUGGUUAUCAAGCCAAAAAUUUUUAUCUGAACAUGUAAAUCAAGGCCGUUAUGACUGGAGCUGCUGCGUCUUCUUAUCAACUACUCAUUCAGACUUGAAGAAACGCUGUUUCCUCCACAUGUUUUACGACACAUCGUCUCUUCUGCACACAUGUCUGAGCUGCUGUUUGGUCCAGAGUGGGGAAAAAAAAACAAAGAUGAGCUGAGAUGAAACUCUCAAUCUCCUCAACUACAUCGAGAUGCAUAAUCCUACCUCUGCUCAUCCUUUAUAUCCUGCUUUACCCUCUGCUCCCUGCUGGCUCCCAGUUUAUCAAUAAAGGUGGCACUGUGACAGUAGACCCCUCUCCCUACUUCCUUCUGGGAUCAAACCUGACAGUGUACUGCCACGUCCGCGAAUGUAAGCGGAGUUACAAAAUAUCCCUGGACCUGAACGGGGUGACUGUCAAGGACAGGAAGGAAGUCAACUGCAACCUGGCCAAGUUUUAUCUGCCCAACGUCCACAUGCCACAGUCUUUCGUGGUCUGUAAGCUGAGAGGUGUUCAGAGCACGAAGAUUGUCACUGGACUGGACCUACAUGGCGGCCUUCCUCCAGAUAAACCUGAAGACAUUAUCUGUGAAGUGACAAGAAGCUCAGACUUUAUAGGCUGCUUGUGGAAGAGCGGUCAGAAAACAUACCUCCCGACAACCUACAACAUAUCAGUCAACAGAGAAAAUGGGACCCAGAUAUAUUUGGAUCAGAUCCAGAAUGCCGAAGAAAUAAAAAUCCCACGAGGAAUUGUAGAUAAAACCAAGAAAUACCAAUUGAUCAUCACGGCAUACAACCACUUUGGAGUGUCACAGUCUAAUCCAUUCAUCUUGUGUGUAAAGGAGAUAGUGAUACCAGAAACCCCUCAUAUUACAAACGUAGAGUUUGAAAAUGGCUCCAUAUCAGCGGUGCUGCAAUGGAAAACCACUGAUCUCUCUGUGCAUCUCAAACCCUACGUCAGGCUCUGCACAUAUAACAGCUCCUGGGAUGUCAGGGAGGAAACAGAGCUCAGUGACACUUUGAUAAGAGUGGGCGACCUGACACCUCUCACUGAGUAUGAGUUCCAGGUGAGGACAUGUAAUUCCACAUUCAGAGUGAACCACAUCACUGUUCCCAGCUUCACACCUGGGCCAACCUCCAGCCAAAGGCUGCCAUGCAGCAAAUGGAGCUCAUCUGUUUUGGCGAGAACUCCAGGAAAAGGUCCAUCACAGCGUCUGAGUGUAUGGAGGGUGUUCAACAGCCAGCAGAAUGUGACUGUUUUUUGGAAGCCUCCACCUCCACAGGACUACAGUGGUGAGGUGAAACAGUACAACAUCUUUCUGGCUUCUGAUCAGAUAAAGGAAGUGACCUGUCGUGAGGCCUCAUGCCACUCUUCAGUUCUGGUACCAGCAGCAGUUCAGACACUGAGCAUCAGUGCUGUUACCUCAUAUGGAUCUUCUCCACCAGCUGAUGUGCCACUCAGACACUCAGGUGAAGUUGGCCCUGUUCUGAGACAGCCGGCUCCUGCCGCUAAUGGCAGUGCUGUGUACGUCUCCUGGUCAUGGCCUCAGACCAAAAGCUGGUCCACAUCUGGAGGAGAAGUGCUCCUGCACUAUGUGGUACAGUGGAGAAGUGUUCCUGCAACAAAGCUGUGGUGGCAAGAGGUGGAGAAAAAUCAAAACAGCACAUCAAUCACAGGUCUGACUGCAGGUGUGAGGUAUAAUGUGUCUCUGUUUGCUGUGACCACCAGGGGUGUCACUGCUCCAUCAUCUGUUUUAAUCUAUUCCAAAGAGCAAAAACCAGCAUCUGGUCCCAACUUAACAGUGCUGCUUCAUGAGGCUAAGCGGAUCCAGAUCCUUUGGGACGAGCUGCCUGUGAACCAGCAGAGGGGCUUCAUCACAAGCUACACCCUUUAUAUUCAGACGCUGGACUCCAGCAAUCAAGCACUCAGGGGUGAGCAGUAGAUGUAAACAUACUAUACUGUGCGAAAGUCUGUGAAAUUCUGCGGUCUUUGGUUGGUUCUAUAA